AUUCGCUUUUGCGGCCCUGUGUGGGCAGUGUGGCCCCUUCCCGCCUAGCAACACAAGCUAGGGAAGGGUGCCUGAGUGAUCUCUUUGGACCUGCCAGCGCGCAGGUCCAGCUCCGGUCGCCGCCGACGCGUAGCUCACCAGAGCUAGGCGCCAGCGACGACCAGCGUCCGCAGCGGCGCCGGACGCGCGGGAGACCGCGCGCGCGGCUGCCGAGCGGGCGCACCCCAAAGUUAUGGCGGAGGAGGCCAAGGCGGCUGAUGCGCCGCCGCCGCCGCCCGAUAAGGAGGACGGCGAGGUAGCUGAGGCCAACGCGGAGCCGGCGACCGCCGCCGACGCGGGCCCGCACCCGCUCGAGCACAAGUGGACCUUCUGGGAGCACAAGGCCGCCGAGAAGAAGACCAUGUCGAAGAAGGAGUGGGGCGAGCUGCAGCGGAAGCUCUUUACCUUUGAUACUGUUGAGGAGUUUUGGAAAUAUUACGCGCAUAUCCCGACGCCGAGUGCCGUGUUCUACGACGGGAAAGCUAGGAAGCGAGUGGGCAAGCCGCCGGACGACCGCCAGAUCGAGUCCUUCUCGCUCUUUAAGGACGGCAUCUCGCCGGAAUGGGAGGAUUCGGCGAACAUGAGUGGAGGCGAGUGGAAUCUGCGGAAAAGUAGUAGAGAUGGAAGGGACUCGCCGAUGAUCGACGACUGGUGGCAGAACAUCGUCCUGGGGUUGGUCGGACAUACGAUCGAGGACAAGGACGAGAUCUGCGGCGCGCGCAUCGUCGACAAGUCUGGAAAUAAGGGGUCGAACCAGGUCUUUCGCAUCGAGCUCUGGCUGCGCACGAAAGAUUCCAAAGUCAUCAAAAAGAUACUCGACAAGAUGAUCGAGGUGAUGUUGGACGGGAAGCAGCCGAAGGGGCGCGGGCUGGGCGCGGACGACUUCCAGUGGAAGAUGCACGGGGUCUAGUUGGCGCGGCGGCGGGCGCAGAGUCGCGGCGACGGCGGGUCGGCGCGGAGUCGCGUCGACGGCGUGUCGGCGCGGAGUCGCGGCGAAGGCGGGUCGGUGCGGCUAGUUAUUAAUACGCGGAGAGUGUA